AUGCAAUACCCACAACUUUGUUGCCUCCACCACGAGGAUGCACUCUGCCUUUUUGGCAAGCCCAGCAAGCGACAAAGGUAUAGACCCCUCUCGACAGAGGGGGCGACAGAGAAACCACCCAAAGACACUCUCGGCGGCUUCGUAGGCGGCAGCGACACCAUCUCCAACCGGGACAUGGACGUGACGGACGAGGGCGAGUGCGGUCAUGGGGCGCACGGGCAAGGUACCGAGACGGAGAGCCCGGGCGGAAGGGCAGCAGUGGAGUCCAGCGGGGACACAGCCCUCGAGGCAGGAGGGGGGGCAGCAGAACUGGCUGUUGGGGGAGGCCCGGAAGCCACAGGCAAGGGAGCAGCAGAUGCGGCCGGCGAGAGGGGAGCAGGAGCUGCCGGCGAGAGGGGAGCAGGAGCUGCCGGCGAGAGGGGAGCUGGAGCUGCCGGCGAGAGGGCAGCAAGAGCCGCAGGCAAGAGGGCGGCAGGCGCGGUCGGCAGGCGAGCAGCAGGUACUAUCGAAGGGAGAGCAGCAAGAGCGGCUGGCGGGAGGGCAGCUGGAGCUGCCGGCGGGGGGGCAGCAGGAGCUGCAGGCAGGAGGGCAGCGGGAGGUGCCAGCGGGAGGGUAGCAGGAGGUGCCAACGGGAGGGCAGCAGGAGGCGCCAGCGGGAGGGCAGCAGGAGGCACCAAUGAGAGGGCAGCAGGAGGUGCCGGGGAGAGGGCAGCAGGAGGUGCCGGCGAGAGGGCAGUUGGAGGUGCCGGCAAGAAGGCAGCAGGAGCUGCCGGCUGGGGGGCAGCAACUGGUAGAAGUGGAGAUGGCCGAGCUACAGCCAGAGGAGGGCAGCAGGGGCCGUCCGGGGGAGAGCAGCUGGAGCUCCCAAGGGAAGAGCGGCAGAAGCCGCCGGGGGUGGGGCAGCUGCCGGCAAGGGAGCAGCAAGCAGUGGAUGUGGAGAUGGCCGAGCUAAUGCCAAAGGUGCAGCAGGACCAAUCAGGGAGCCAAGUCCGGCUGCAGGCAGGAGAGCAGCAGGAGCUGCCGGGGGAGGAGCGGCAGGAGCUGCCAACAGGAGGGCAGCUCGAGCUGUCGGGGGGAGGGCAGCAGGAGCUGUCGGAGGGGGAGCGGCGGGAGCUGCCGGCGUGGGGGCAGCUGGAGGUCGCUAGUGCGGACUCUACAAGCCAAGCGAAGAGAACCCGGGCACGGGGCCGAGGCGGGAGACGACACGCCCGUAAGACGCAAGGGCGAACUGGAAGCGGAGCUGCCGCACAGCAGGCGGAGGGGCAGCCGGGGGCGACCCAGACACCCCCGGGAGCUCCGCGGGUGGGAGGGCAGCCCUGGGUGCCCGGGGCGCCCCAAGGAGAGCAGCAGCCAGGGGAGCUGCCGGGGGUGACCGGAGCACCCCAGGGAGAGCAACAGGCAGGGGGGCAGCCGAGGGUGCCCGGAGCACCCCAGGGAGUGCAGCAGGCAGGGGGGCAGCCGGGGGUGCCCGGGGCACCCCAGGGAGUGCAGCAGGCAGGAGGGCAGCCGAGGGUGCCCGGGGCACCCCAGGGAGUGCAGCAGGCAGGGGGGCAACCGGGGGUGCCCGGGGCACCCCAGGGGGUGCAGCAGGCAGAAGGGCAGCCGAGGGUGUCCGGGGCACCCCAGGGAGUGCAGCAGGCAGGAGGGCAGCCGGGGGUGCCCGGGGCACCCCAGGGAGUGCAGCAGGCAGGGGGGCAGCCGGGGGUGCCCGGGGCACCCCAGGGAGUGCAGCAGACAGGGGGGCAGCCGGGGGUGCCCGGGGCACCCCAGAGAGUGCAGCAGGCAGGAGGGCAGCCGAGGGUGCCCGGGGCACCCCAGGGAGUGCAGCAGGCAGGGGGGCAACCGGGGGUGCCCGGGGCACCCCAGGGGGUGCAGCAGGCAGGAGGGCAGCCGAGGGUGCCCGGGGCACCCAAGGGAGUGCAGCAGGCAGGGGGUCAGCCGGGGGUGCCCGGGGCACCCCAGGGGGUGCAGCAGGCAGGGGGGCAGCCGGGGGUGCCCGGGGCACCCCAGGGAGUGCAGCAGGCAGGGGGGCAACCGGGGGUGCCCGGGGUACCCCGGGGGGUGCAGCAGGCAGGAGGGCAGCCGAGGGUGCCCGGGGCACCCCAGGGAGUGCAGCAGGCAGGGGGUCAGUCGGGGAUGCCCGGAGCACCCCAGGGAGUGCAGCAGGCAGGAGGGCAGCCGGGGGUGCCCGGGGCACCCCAGAGAGUGCAGCAGGCAGGGGGGCAGCCGGGGGUGCCCGGGGCACCCCAGGGAGUGCAGCAGGCAGGGGGGCAACCGGGGGUGCCCGGGGCACCCCGGGGGGUGCAGCAGGCAGGAGGGCAGCCGAGGGUGCCCGGGGCACCCCGGGGGGUGCAGCAGGCAGGAGGGCAGCCGAGGGUGCCCGGGGCACCCCAGGGAGUGCAGCAGGCAGGGGGUCAGUCGGGGAUGCCCGGAGCACCCCAGGGAGUGCAGCAGGCAGGAGGGCAGCCGGGGGUGCCCGGGGCACCCCAGAGAGUGCAGCAGGCAGGAGGGCAGCUGAGGGUGCCCGGGGCACCCCAGGGAGUGCAGCAGGCAGGGGGGCAACCGGGGGUGCCCGGGGCACCCCAAGGAGUGCAGCAGGCAGGGGGUCAGCCGGGGGUGCCCGGAGCACCCCAGGGAGUGCAGCAGGCAGGAGGGCAGCAGGGGAUGCCCGGGACACCCCAGGGAGUGCAGCAGGCAGGGGGGCAACCGGGGGUGCCCGGGGAACCCCAGGGAGUGCAGCAGGCAGGGGGUCAGCCGGGGGUGCCCGGGGCGCCCCAGGGAGUGCAGCAGGCAGGUGGGGAGCCGGGGGUGCCCAGGGCACCCCAGGGAGUGCAGCAGGCAGGAGGGCAGCAGGGGGUGCCCGGAGCACCCCAGGGAGUGCAGCAGGCAGGAGGGCAGCCGAGGGUGCCCAGGGCGCCCCGGGGAGUGCAGCAGGCAGGUGGGCAACCGGGGGUGCCCGGGGCACCCCAGGGAGUGCAGCAGGCAGGAGGGCAGCCGGGGGUGCCCGGGGCACCCCAGGGAGUGCAGCAGGCAGGGGGGCAACCGGGGGUGCCCGGGGCACCCCAGGGAGUGCAGCAGGCAGGGGGUCAGCCGGGGGUGCCCGGAGCACCCCAGGGAGUGCAGCAGGCAGGAGGGCAGCCGGGGGUGCCCGGGGCAUCCCAGGGAGUGCAGCAGGCAGGAGGGCAGCCGAGGGUGCCCGGGGCACCCCAGGGAGUGCUGCAGGCAGGAGGGCAGCCGAGGGUGCCCCGGGCACCCCAGGGAGUGCAGCAGGCAGGAGGGCAGCCGAGGGUGCCCGGGGCACCCCAGGGAGUGCAGCAGGUAGGAGGGCAGCCGAGGAUGCCUGGAGCACCCCAGGGAGAGCAGCAGGCUGGGGGGCAGCCGGGGGCGACCGGAGCACCCCAGGGAGAGCAGCAGCUAGGGGGGCAGCCGGGGGUGACCCGAGCACCCCACGGCGAGCAGCAGGUAGGGGAGCAGCCGGGGGUGACUGGAGCACCCCAGGGAGUGCAGCAGGCAGGAGGGCAGUCGAUGGUGCCUGGGGAACCCCAGGGAGUGCAGCAAGGAGGAGGGCAGGGAGUGCAGCAGGCAGGAGGGCAGCCGAGGGUGCUCGGAGCACUCCAGGGGGAGCAGCAGGUAGGGGGGCAGCCGGGGGUGACUGGGGCACCCCAGGGAGUGCAGCAGCCAGGGGGGCAGCCGAGGGUGCCCUGGGCACCCCAAGGAGCACAGCAAUCAGGGGGGCGAUCGAUGGACGACCAGGAGCAACAGUUGGAGGAGUGGUGUCGACUUUUGGAGCUUGAUACCCCCAUGGCGACUGUGGAGGAGUCAGAGGCGGACGAAGCACCUCCCAUGCCGCCUUCCCCAUGCCCCCGCUUUCCGUGCGACAUGUGUUUCCACACUUUCGCUACGCGGGGGGGCGCUGCGAACCACAUGAGGGAGCGAUCGACGCCGCAGGAAUUUGGGGAGGAGGCGUGGGCUGGGGUUACGUCAUGGGAAGGGGAAACAGUUUUCAGCGUGGAGGCGGUUGGAGGGAGGACAGUGCGCCGGAUCCCACAGCGGGCCAGGUCGGGGGUUUUAGACGCGCUCUGUUGCAUCCUUAAGCGCUUGAAGAGCCAGCCGGGAGAUGAAGCCGCUACCCUCCUACUCUUGGCGUUUCCGCGCCUCAUCCUAGCCAUGCCUCCCAAGCCAGGCAUAGGUCAGAAGGCGCUGAUCACAGAGCGGUUGGGUGCGUUCUGGGAGGGGAGGUGGCGGGAGCUGUUUGAUUCUGCCAUGGUGGCGGCGCGGCCAGCAGUUCGCCCACUUUCCUACACUUGCUCUGACCAGGGUCCGGAUGCCAUCCGCCUGUCACGGUGCCGAUCUCGGUGCAAAGUGGGGGAGUGGAGCCGUGGAUUGGCCUGCCUUACAGCAGGGGAGUUGGCUCGACCGUCUGAGGUCAUGAUGCAGUCGCUGCGAGAGAAGCACCCGGCUAGCGCUGGCGAGGUACCACAGUGGGUCUGCGAUUUCACCAUCGAUACUGCUCAGCGGCCUUCACUCACGACCGACAUCCUGGCCAGAGCUAUCCAUACAGCCGCUCGAGCUUCAGCAGCAGGGCCAUCGGGGUGGGUCUCAGAGCAUCUGCGCGACACCUUCCUCACUGAACCUUCCUGCCUUUCCCACUUGUUGGAAGUGUUCAACCAAUGGGUGGCAGGACAGGUCCCCGAGCGGGCUCGGCCGUGGCUCGCCGCAUCCAACCUAGUCGGGCUUUCCAAGCCUAACGGCGACGUCCGGCCGGUGGCGAUCAGGGAGGUGCUUCCUCGUAUCCUUGCUCAAGCUCUCUGCAUCUCGCUCCGCACUGCAAUGGUUUCCUACUUCCUGCCGUGCAACCAGCUGGGAGCGGGCACCAGGGUCGCGGCGGAGAUUCUCACUCACUCUUUCCGGUCGGUGCUGGCCACUCACCCCGACUGGUGUGCGCUACAGAUAGACGUCGCAAACGCCUUCAGUUCGUUUCACCGUCAUGUGAUGUUCGAUGGGUUGCGGGAGUCGCCUUUCUCAGGGAUGAUCCCAUUCUUGCGUGUCUUUUAUGGGACACCUAGCGACCUGUACCUCCGAGCAAGCCCUUUCGUACAGAGCCUCGAGUCAGCACGGGGAUCAAGGCAGGGGGACCCGCUCGGCCCUUUUCUUUUCGCGUUCACUCAGCAGCAGGUGAUGGAGCCGGUUACUAGGGAGUUCAAGGACCUGCUUUUCCUCAGCUAUGCAGACGAUACCUAUAUUUUGGGGCCAGCGGCUAGGAUUCUGGAGGCUUUUGGGGUGCUUCGGGAGCGGUUGGAGUGGGUGGGGCUGGAGGUGCAGGCGCACAAGUGCCGGUUUUGGGAGCGCGAGGGCAAGGAGGUGGAGCAGGCACUGCCAUUGGGGAUGCAGCGGAUGGAUGAGGGUCUUACUGUGGUGGGCGUGCCUAUUGGAGAGGAGGUUUGGGAGGUGGUCCGGCUACGGGAGCGGCUUCGACAGUUGCAGGCGCCACUGCCAUGGCUCCCCUUGCUCGACCACCCCCAGAUGGCUUCACACCUCCUCGCCAUUGCAGUUUCAGCGCGGCCGAUGUACCUCGCCCGGACUAUGCCGCCGCGUCCGGAGGUAGUUGAGGCUUUUAGGGAUUGGGAUAGCUGUUUAGAGGAUUGCUUUGAGCAGCUUUUUCCACCUGGCACUUGGGAGCAGGACCCCGACCGGUCUAGGCGCGCACGCAUACAGCUGCAUCUCCCUGUGCGUCUCGGAGGGUUCGGGAUCCGGGCGGCGGCCUCACUGUCCUAUGUUUGUGGGUGGGCGCAGGCCGCGCGUGACAUUGCACAGUUAGGGGUGGCGGGUGAGGAGGCGAUGUUUGCAGAGUACCUCACCACUUCGACAGGGGCAGAGUUUCUUGACCCGUGGUUUGUCAAGGCUCUUGAGCAGCUGCCAGCGACUAUCCGCCACGAGAUACCGGGCUUACCUCUGUGUGUAGCGGCCCCUCCUGUUCGGCUUUUCCAAGCGCGGCAGCGGCACUUAGCUGUAGAGGAGCUCCAGGCACUGCGCCGCUUGGCUCGUGACGAUGCCACCUUGGCCCGUUUCACAUCCCUUCAGGGCCCGGGGGCAGGUGCAUGGGUUUCGGCGGCUCCGGCUCACUCAGAUCUCACAUUCACUGCGGCUGAGUGGGGCAUUUCUGCUGCUAUACGGCUCGGCCUCCCAAUCCAGCAGCUGCAGGUGGCGGGGAGGCGUCGGGGGGGGGUGGUGACAAUGGAGGAUAGUGUGGUGCUGCAUGGGAAGCGGGUUGAUGUGGCGGUGCGACGUCCAAUGGCUGGAGAAGCUCACGCCCUAGAGAUCAGCGUCGCGGACCCGCUAUCGCUGUCUCCAUCACUGCUGGGACAGUGCGGGCGUCAAAUAGGUGUGGCGGCAAGGGAGUGGGAGCGCCGCAAAACGAGUGACUACGCGCCUCUGCUUGCACGCAACCGGGGCGUGCAGUUCACCCCUUUGAUAGUUGAGACGUGGGGGUGUCUCGGCGGUCGUUUUCAGCGGUGGCUUCGUCAGCAGGGGGAUGCGCACGUGGGACUAGCUGUGUCGCGGGGGGCUUGUCGAGAGGACGACUCUGUGUUUUCGGCUUAUCUUUUAGGGUCACUGAAGGCGCUCAUCGGGGUGGCGUUACAACGGGCGCAAGCCCGUGUCAUCCUGCUUCGAGCAGCGUCUUCCAUGGGGGGGAUUAACGUAGAUUUGGUGGAUCGGGAGAGGGACGAUGUCGAUGUGGAAGGCGGGGCUCUCUGGGUGGAGGCCCCGUACAUGGUCGAUACAUUGAUGUGA